UCGUGUCGCGCUGCUGGCGGCGGAAGCGUGCAGCGGCCCCGCACAGCGGCACGGAAGGGGCGGAGCUGCUGCCCUAUGGCGGCGGUUUCGGGGCCCGCCGGGAGCCCGGCCGGAAGUCCGGCCGGCCGCAGCAGCGUCCCCAGGGCGGGCAGCCGGUGGAGGUCGCGGAGCCGCGCUCCGUCCUACUGCGACGAGUCUCUGUUCGGCAGCCGGCAGCCGACGCGGGUGCUGCGGAUGGGGAGAGCGGACGUGGCCAAGCUGCACUCCCUGUUCUGGAGCCCGCCGCCGGCCCCUCGCCGCCAGCCCGGCCUCCCCUGCGGCCCCGCCAGCGGCCCCCUGCCGGCCGCCCGACCGCCAGACCUCGCCGAGCGGCCCGUCGCGGGCUCCGGGACGGCUCGGCGGGGCCGGCCCGGCGUCUGCGAGCAUCUCGAGGGCUGCGCGGAUGCCGGCGUCCGAGCCGCUUCUCCCGGAGGAUGCUUGCGGUCCCUCGGGCGCCCGAACGCCUCCUCGGAUCGGCCUCGCCUCGCUUUGGGCCGUGCCGAGGCAGAAAGGCGUGAACUGCGGGGCUCUCCUGCUGCAGCCUCCACCCCUCCGCCCCGGGCUCGGCCGAAAAGCGCGUGCGGGCAUUCUGCCGGGAGCUGCACGGCGGGGCGGGGCUGCAAGGCAAAGCCUCCGUGGCGGUAAAAUGAAAGUUCGCUCCGCGUGUGUGCAGCCCUCAUCUACGUGAGCCGGGCACCGACCGCCUGGCGAAGACGUCUGCUGGGACCUGGGGCUGAUGGAGGCCACGAGCGGAGCCGUGGGGAGGAUGAAGGAAGCGAUCACAGCACUGGAAGGACAGCAAGCUGGGCAGGAGGCAGCCCUGUGGCGGCAGGGCAGGAUGGCUGGCUGUGGUGAUGUGAUGUCCGGCUGUGGUGGCAACAGCAAUUUUCGCCUACCAGCAAUCUUCAGCAAAGACGAGGUAACCAGUCAGAUUCCUUUUGCUGUGGUGUCUGGCCAGGAAGGCAGAGCCACAGGGGACAGGACCUCCUCCAGCAGAUAUCCAGCUGCAGGAGAAGGCAUGGCUGCCAGUCAAUCAUGGCUCAGGCUGGGGUGCAGAUCCCAGGUGGAGCCCCAGGAGCAGCUGGUGCCAGCAAGGAUCCUGGAGACACUGGGUGAAGAGGACAGAGAGCAGGAAGCAUGAGGGGCAUCUGAGGUUUCUUUUGGGUUGUCAGGUGGAGUCAGGAGUUGGACCUGAUAAUCCUUGUCAUUCCAACUCAGGAUAUUCUGUGAUCCUUGGCAACCGCUGAUUUUGACAGCUUCUGGUGAUUGGGGAGUGCUGACUUGGAUUUAUAACAUGAUUUAUAUUGAAGGUUAUGAGUACUGCUGCAGCAGUUCAGUAUUGUAACCAAAUAAAUGAUCGAAAGGAAACUUGCUGGGGCCUGUGUUUUGUAUGCAGGGUGCUGCUGGGUGUUCUGGCCCUGACAAGUCCAGGCCUGGGCACAACUCACAGCUCCAAAUGUUUCAGCAAAACCAUCCCUACCCGCUUUCUGCCCCACAGGUGGUAAAGAGUAACUUGGUUUUCUGAGGCACUUAAGGGAGUGCUUCUAAAAAAGCAUCAAGAAAUGCAGGUAGUGAGGGAGAGUCUGGUGGUUCCCCUCCCAUACCAGAGAAAUGCUCUCUCACAUCCAGUUGAGAACAAACCAUUCUAGGACAAGCACAGUAUGAUUCUCCUUCAAAGCCAGAUGGGCCUUGGUGCAGAGAGUGUUCAACACUCAGCCUGCUAAGGCAGCAGCUGCAAAGUGGGGAGCCUCCAGCAAGUGCCCUGCACACCUGCCAGCUAUCACAAACCCUGGUUGAACUGCAUGUGGCUGCAGAAUCAAGCCUUUCCAGAGCAAUCAAAGCCAGGAAACAAGCCUCAAUUCAAUAUUUCAAGAGGUGCUUGUCCAAAUACCUUUAUGCUUCUUUAAAUUCCUGCAGUCCCUUAUCGUUUGGAGGCACCAUGGAUACUGACUCGAAUUUGAGCCCGAUAAGUUUCAUUGGAUACUGGGGCAGUGAUACAGGCUGUUACGUCUGCAGUUUUUCCAAGGGGCUGAGAGGAGCAGAGGUGCAAUUUGGACACUAGAUGGAGACAGCAGGAUUAAGAAUUGACGCAUGAGAGCCCCGUUCCCUAGCAGCAGGUGGAUGCUGGGAAGCAAAUCAAGAAACUGAAGUAAAUGUCCUGAAUCCACCUGGGAGAACUGCUGAACCCGAGAGCAGGAUGCAAAAUGCAGUGCCGAAAUGCUGGAGAAACUGAAGGACGGAGCCUCUAAAAUGAUGAGAUUUUAUCUAAGGAAACAGGUUGAUGGCGGCUCGGCUCUGCUGUGUGACCAGCUGCAGCCAGCUCAGCAUCAGCUGCUGUGCUCAGACACCAUGCCCUGCCCUCACAGGCAGCACUCUUCCUACCUUUGACCCAACACCGACUCUCACCAUGUCUCCCAGGAGCACACCCGUUUCCCGUUUAGGGCACUGCCCAGCUUCCAGCGCAGCCGGCAUCCAUCCCUCACACGGCCGUACGUGCGGUCAGCUCGGCCUCAGACGCGUCGAGCCACUGGCGACGCUGCCUGGCGAUCGCAGUGGGAGGCGGCAGAGCCGAGGCAGCGGCUCAGUGCUCGCAAUCGAUUUGCUGCGACGCGCUACGGCGGAGCGCCACCCGCGUACCGCCUGCGGUAACCGGAGCCGCGCAGUGAGCGCGCGGGCGGCAGCCCAACACGGCAGCACCGCAGGUGGGCCUCGCGUCCUCCUGCAGAGCCUUUCCGGUAGCCAGCCCCGACUCUCAGCGCUCCACUGCUCGAGUGUUAGCCGCACACCAUACCGACAGUUCCACCCCGCCACCGUUGCCGGGUGACCGCCGCGCUCAC